AUGUCGAUCAUUUUUCCUCAUUUUCAAUUCAAAAAUCGGACUCUCUUUCUCAGGAUGAAUACACGGCACACCGUUUCAAGUCGGAAUUUCCUUUUCCUAGCCUUCUUCUUUCUCAUCGUAUCCAAUUCAGUCUUCACUUUCCGAACAAAAAACUCUCAGACAAAUACGCGGCUUCAGUUGCGCUCAAUGGUGCCUGAGACACGCAUGCCUAUCGCAGCAAAUCGAAGGCUCACAAAGAGGACUUUUGGACCCAAGCCUGAUACUCCUGGACCCAAGCCUGAUAGUCCCCUCAAAGACGGCUUGCCUCCCAAAGGAUCUCUUCCCUCGGGCGACUUAGACCUCGGCCUCUCGGGUGAUAAAGACAAAGGCCCCCCACCCAAGUCUGGAUCCCCAGGCAAAGAUUCCGGCAAGCCACUUGAUCUAGGUGCCCCCCUGCCUAAACCUGGCCCACCCAAGUCAGGCCCGCCAUCCAAGUUAGGCCCCCUGCCCAAACCUGGGCCCUUAUUAGGCUCUGAAAGUUCAGAAAUAAGUGGGAAUGUUGAAACAAAAACAAUCCGCAUUGGGGGUGGUAAAGACUGCGACAAAAAGAAGAAGAUCAAUAAAAACCCACCAGAGAAGAGCACAGAUGACUCCCAAUUAGAGAUUUCAGGACCCACUGUAAUCAAAAUAGAAGUGGUGUCUGGUGGAUGUAGCACUUGCUGUAAGACCUGCACAGAAGACAAACUGAAGGAGGCAACUGAUUCCCCGCCCCCCAAGAAAAAAACACCCGACGAACCAAUUCCAGAGAUUUCAUCCGGGAAAGGCGGAGAACCCAACAAACCAAAACCAAUUCCAGAGAUUUCAUCCGGGAAAGGUGGAGCCCAACUCUACUGGCAUCAGUCCUCCUCCGGAAAAACCAAAGACACCCUCCCCACCUCCCACAAUCACAAGUCCUUCUUCUGA